GGGGGUUAUAAAUGCGAAGUGAUAAAAGGCCUAGUUGCUGUCACAGCCAUUACGUCCGUAGAUUUUAUCGACACAACACAAAAUGAAGGCAGUAGCGGCUCUUUUCGGUCUGGCUUGCGCCGUCCUCAUCUCCUACUCGGACGCCAUCCCCGCCCCUAGCUGCUGUGGGCUCGGCUCUCCCUGCGGAACCUACUACAGUGGUGAGUGCUGCGGUGGACUCGCCUGUGGCCCAGCCUCCACAUGUAUAGCAGCUGAGUACCCCUUCCCCGCCUACGGACCGUACGGAUACCCCUACUACGGAUACUACGGUGGCUACGGAUACUCUGGCCCCGCUUGCAUUGGUUGCGGCUGUGGCUGCAAUGAGUGCUACGGAUGCUAAUUCACAAGCUCCACUACUCACUUCACUAGAUAGUUAUUUAAUUUCAUAUUUUAUUAAAUCAAGUCUCUCGUUCGUA